AUGGCGUAUUUCUGGAUAAUUCUACUACUCUUCGCGGUUUUGCGUGUUAUACAUUGUGAAAUAAGCCCAUUCGGGCCAGAAAAUGAGGAAAAUUACAAAGAAUACUACAAUUAUUUGGCGCUUACACGGCGUCUUCAUAGUUUUGUUGAGAGGUACCCUCGUAUUUCUAAUCUAGCAAGCAUUGGAAAGUCGAUUGAAGGCAGAGAACUUUGGGUCAUGAGGGUGACAACUCACUCUAUUAUGGAUGUGCCUGGAAAACCACGAGUCAGAUAUGUGGGGAACAUGCAUGGAGAUGAGGCGGUAUCCCGGCAGGUGUUGGUUUAUUUAAUUGAAUAUCUUUUAACUCAGUAUGGAACUGAUCCGAGAGUGACCGCACUGGUCAAUUACACGGAUAUUUAUAUAAUGCCUAGUAUGAAUCCUGACGGUUUUGAGAGGGCCAUAGAGGGUGAUUGUAAGGGUAACAGUGCGGGUCGAGAUAAUGCAAAACACGUCGAUCUAAAUCGAAGUUUUCCUGAGCAAUUUGAUGCCACAAGUACCUUGGCAAAUGAUGCACCUGAGAUUACAGCUGUCAUUAAAUGGAUUUUACAAAGAAAAUUUGUUCUCUCAGGGGACUUGCAUGGAGGUUCUGUCUUGGCCAGCUACCCCUUUGAUGACACCAUUUCGCAUAUAAUGCUAGGGGUGUACAGCCCAGCUGAUGAUGCUGCUCUCUUCCGCUAUUUGGCACAGACCUAUGCUCAAAACCACCCCAUUAUGAGAGAAGGCAGGGCUCAGUGUCCAGAUGACCCAAAUGAAAAGUUCAAAGAUGGCAUUACAAACAGAGCAGAGUCUUAUGAUGUGAAAGGAGGCAUGCAAUACUUCAGUUAUCUCAGGGGAAACUGCUUUGAAGUCACUUUUGAGUUGAGCUGUUGCAAGUACCCAUUGGCUUCAGAUCUGUAUACUGAGUGGAACAAUAACAGGGAAGCCCUGCUCACAUACAUGGAGAAGGUACAUAUUGGCAUUAGAGGUUAUGUCAUGACAAGUGCAGGAAUAGGUCUGCCAGACUCGAACAUCUCAGUCGCUGGGAUAGACCACAGCAUCACAACAUGGAUAUUUGGCGAUUACUAUCGCUUGCUGCUGCCAGGAACAUAUAACAUCACGGCCAGCUCUCCUGGGUACCAUUCAAAGACUGUACACAAUGUGAAGGUUAAUGAAGGCAGAGCCAUGCUUCUUAACUUCAUCCUGAAGGAUUUGAUUGAAGAGAUGCCUUUGCUAGAGUCUCCCGCUAGUGCUAUACCCACCACAGCAAGGCAUCAAGUCCUCAGCAGCCAAGGGGUUUCCACCCUUCUGUCCAAAGUCCAGCAACAUGACUCCAGUUAUCACAGUUACUUGGACAUGGAGCAGUUCCUGCAUCGGAUCAGCACAGUUCAUUCUUCCGUUGCCCACUUCUACUCUAUUGGCCAGUCGGUGCGGGGCAGAAAGCUCUAUGUCAUGGAGAUUUCCACUAAUCCUGGCACUGAUCAGCCAGGUAAACCACAAGUCAUGUUUGUGGGAAGUAUGCAUGGCAAUGAUGCUGUAGGUCGAGAGAUUCUCUUGAACUUGGUGGAAUACUUGUGCCUUAAUUAUGGCAACGAACCUUUAGUCACACAACUGGUGAACACCACAAGAGUUCACAUAUUGCCUUUCAUGAACCCAGAUGGCAAUGAAGGAGCAGUAGACGCUCAAAAAUACUUUGCAGUAAAUGAAGAUCUGGGUGGAGGUAUGAGAUACAGCAUUGAUCAAAACACUGACUUGAACCUGAACUUCCCUGAACUUUCCUAUGCAAGGGAUUUUGUGCAACCCGAGACAACUGCAGUUAUGAAUUGGAUCAAAGCUUAUUCCUUUGCCCUGUCUGCUAGUAUUCUUGGAGGAAUGAUUGGAAUAAAAUAUCCUAAUUCAGUUGGCUCCCUUGAUGAGGCUGUAUUUAAAUCAAUUACAAAUGCAUAUUAUAUGGAAAACCCAUAUCUAGCGAUUUCCCAGCCAUGUCAGGAACCAAGGCCUUUAGACAGAAAUUACAUUAACCCUGACUUCUCAGCCCCCAAACGGAUUGAUCUGCAGACCUGGGCCUACCGUAACACAGAUACUCUGGGAGUUAGCAUUGGCAUGAGCUGUGAUCGGAGUCCACCAGCUGAAGACCUCCUUGCCUAUUGGAAACAAAAUCAUAGGGCCUUGCUAAAAUAUAUUCAGCAGGUUCAUUUUUCUGUCAGGGGCAGAGUGACCGAUAUCCAGUCUGGUCAAGCCAUUGCUAAUGCUACCAUAGUGGUGGAAGGCUCCAGGCACCAGGUCCAUGCGACUAGCACAGGGCGAUACUGGAGACUCAUGGCACCUGGUAUAUACCAACUCCAUGCCUUCGCUCCAGGAUAUGCUGCAUCCGUGAUGACAGUAAGGGUGUUGGAGACUCAGGUUGAGCAGGUGGACUUCUGGCUCACUCAAGAGCAGCUCCUGCAGUCUGAAGGCCAGAUGGAGGAAGAAGAGUUCAGGAAGCUGGUGGAAGGCCUGUCUUCUGCUCUUAGCCUUGAACAGUUGGUCCAAAGCCUUCUUCCAGCUGGGACGUUGCUUUACAGGAACUACAAGGAGCGGUCAGAGUUUCUGCGUGGACUUGCCCUGAGCUUUCCUCAUAUCACUCGUCUCUAUGGUCUCGGUCACAGCUGGGAGUUCAGGACCAUCUGGGCCCUGGAGAUCUCUGGAAGUCCUGAGUCACUUCGGCCCACAGAGCCCAAGAUGCGCUAUGUGGCGGGUGUCCAUGGUAACGCUGCUGCAGGCCCAGAGCUGCUUCUGGAGUUUGCCUCAGUUCUCUGCAUAAACUAUGGGUGGAAUCCUACCAUCACCAAGCUUAUCGACAGGAGCAGGAUCGUGAUUGUGCCAUGUGUGAAUCCAGAUGGGAGAGAGUUGGCCCAAGAGGGCAGGUGUUUCUCCACUGCAGGGCUUACCAAUGCCCACAGCGUGGACCUCGACACAGACUUCCUUUAUGGAAACAUUUCUGUGCAGCCAGAGACACAUGCCAUGAUGGAUUUGAUAGAGGGAGGAGGCUUCACUCUGUCUGUAGUCUUGGAAGGAGGCUCUCUGAUGGCCACUUAUCCCUAUGACAGACCCACCCAGGCUGUACAAAAUGAAGAAACGCUGAGAUAUUUGGCCUCUGUGUAUGUCAGCAAUCACCCUCUUAUGCACUUAGGGUACAUUGGAUGCUCAGAUGGACUAGGGUCAGUCCCACAAGGGGUUCUGAGGGGUGCAGAGUUCAACAGUCACACAGGCAGCAUGAAGGAUUUUAGCAUGGAUGUGGACGCGUGUCCAGAGGUAACGGUGUACGUGGGCUGUUGUCUGUACCCACCUCUACAGCAGCUGCUCCCUCUCUGGACAGAGCACGCCAUGCCUCUGUUUGCCAUGCUGUUGGAGAUUCAUAAGGGGGUCAGCGGUGUGGUACAAGACAGGGAGGGCCAGCCAGUGGCCGGUGCUGUGGUUAGGGUGAACGGCUCUCUUCUGGUGCGCACGGACACACGUGGUUAUUUCCACACGCUGCUGGCUCCAGGCACACACCAGCUUCAAGUCCAGGCUCCGGGCUUCCAGGAGCAGCUCACACAGGUGAAUGUAUCCUCUCAUCAAAUGGCAAGUCCUAUCAUGAUCCAGUUCACUGCAAAUAGUAGUCGCUUUGCCCAGAAAGUGGAGUUGGCUGCUGCUAUCUCAAUAGCUACAGUGAUCCUCUGCUCCUUGUUGGUCUGGCACUUCCGCUCCUCCAAGUUUAGACGAAUCCGAGACCACGUUCGAUGGCUGCAUCGUCGACGAGAUGACCUUCACCUGGAGGCUAUUUUGUCAGAGAAGUCGCCCCUGCGUCGGGUGUUUCUGGAAGAGAGCGAGAGUGAUGAUGACACUUUCUACCUUGAGCACCACUGA